UUUCCGAAUUGUAUACAAUACCAACAAGAAUUUUCGCUUGGUUUAGUUUGCUAAAAUGUAUCUUUACUAAUAAGCUUACAGUCAAACACAAUAUGGCAACGAAGCCAGCAGUAAUGGAGUGUGUAGAGGGCACUGAAAUCCCAAAUGAGGGGGUCCAGCAAUUGAACGCUGAAGAAGUGCAGAAUGCCGGCUCGUCGGCGGGAGAAAAAAAAAUUGUGUUGAUUCCGCUAUGCCGGAGGAAAAAGAAUGCAAAGCUGCGGCUGACGUAGAAAUGGAGGACUUGUCCCUGGGCAACUCACCUCCAAACAGCCCAUUAAAGGUCACCAUAGAGAAGCCAGAUGAGGUUAACAAGGAAGAGCAAAAACCUAGAGACAAGGCCGAGGAAAAUAUCUGUAUCGACAUUGCCAGUAGUCCAGUGUUCGAUGAAGGUCCAGAAAAUGCUGCCGACAACGCUGCGGAUAAGGCUCUCCUGGAGGUUGAUUCAGAUAGUAGUGUUGAGCUUAUAGAGAGUCCAGGUCUGGUUAAGUCCCCCUCCUCACACGACACCGUGGAGGAUCAGCCAAAGUGGGAUAACGUUGAGAGACCACUAAAAACAGGAGCAAAAGAGGCUGAUGAGCUAGCAGACAGCAGCAUCGAACUGAUCAGCAGUCCCACCUCCGAGAGUUCCCCCGAAAAAGAUGCAGAAGUCAAGGAGCAGCAAAAACAAAACGAGCUGCGUAAAGAGAUUUCUAUCAUGGAUGUAGAUCAGGAGGACUCCCUUAAAACAGCAAUAAGGAUUUCUGAGGAUACAGAAAGCAAUGAAAAACCAAAAGAAGCGGCAGCCCAAAACGUAACUCCCAUGGAAAUCGACAAAAGUGAAGACAUCCUUAAGGUGGAGCUGGAAAAGGCCAUUGACCAAAAGGCACAAGUUGAGCAAUUAGACGAUCUGCCGUCCGAUGGGGAUAUCUUUUACGGCAAGGACUGCGUCAACUGCAACUGCAAGCGGCUCCACAAACAGUUCGUGAUUGCCAACAUGGCUACAUUGAACUUUUACAAGGUUCUUCGAAAGACGUCGAAGCAACAGUUUCUCUGCAUGGAAUGCCACGACAACGCCAUGGACUUAUAUGAGGACUAUGCGGGUCAUCUGGUAGCCAAGCAACCGCUGCUUCUAAAAAACUUUCACCAGGAUCACGCCGAUUUUGUGGCCCUGGACAGCAGCGAUGAUGAGGAGGAAGAGAAGCCGCCAGAAAGAUCCGAUUUUACCAGGGACCAACUGCGGUUAAUUGAGGAUGAGCUGGAGGAUGCUAUUAAAGGUGUGCUGGACAAGGUGGAAAUUAAUAACCAGCUCUCCUGGUCAAAAACUGUUCUACAAGCUAAAGCUGACCGCCUUGAGCGCCAGAUGGCAUUGGCAGAUGCAGAACUUGAAAAGGUUCAGAGCACCGCAGACAGGAUGCACUGCGCUCUGUACAAUUCUUGCCCGGUGGUUCACAAGCACCUGCCGGUCCUUGAUAUUGUGCCGAGCGUAAAUGACUAUGCUCACCAAGUGCCGCCUGCUGGCGAAAUAGUUCGACCACCAAUCCAAUUGGGUGAGACGUACUACGCGGUGAAGAACAAGGCCAUCGCCAGCUGGGUUUCCAUCAAGGUAAUAGAGUUCACCGAGAGCACCGCUAUUAACGGAAACACUAUGAAAAGCUUCAAGAUUAAGUACCUCAACACGCCCUACCAAAUGAUUAAAACAGUGACUGCCAAGCACAUUGCCUACUUUGAGCCGCCGCCAGUGCGCCUGACUAUUGGCACUCGCGUCAUAGCGUACUUCGACGGAACCACCCUUUCACGGUGCAAGGAGAAGGGCGUUGUGCAAAGCGCCUUCUAUCCGGGCAUAAUCGCCGAGCCGCUGAAGCAGGCCAAUCGGUACCGCUACCUUAUAUUCUACGAUGAUGGCUACACGCAGUACGUGCCGCACCGGGAUGUUCGCCUCGUUUGCCAGGCCUCCGAAAAGGUGUGGGAGGACGUACACGCCGGCUCUCGGGACUUUAUACAAAAGUACGUGGAAAAGUACUCCGUGGACCGGCCAAUGGUCCAGUGCACCCGUGGCCAGAGCAUGAGCACCGAGUCAAACGGUACCUGGUUGUAUGCCCGCGUCAUAGACAUUGACUGCAGCCUGGUGCUGAUGCAAUUUGAAGGGGACAAGAACCACACGGAAUGGAUCUACAGGGGCUCCCUGCGACUGGGUCCGGUUUUUAAGGAGACCCAAAACGCACUGAACAGUGCAAACGCGCAGCAGAUGCGGGUCCCAAGGCGCACUGAGCCCUUCAUUCGCUACACCAAGGAGAUGGAAUCCAGCAGUCAGGUCAACCAACAAAUGCGAGCCUUUGCACGAAAGAGCAGCUCCUCGGGGCAGAAUGCGGCAUCGGCCACGCCCGCUUCCUCGUCAGUCACUGCUCCCGGUGAACGCAGCGGUCCUGGAAGUACCAGAAACAGUAACAGUGGCAGUACCGUGCGCCACCUUAACAACUCCACCAUCUACGUCGACGACGAGAACAGGCCCAAGGGCCAUGUUGUAUACUUCACGGCUAAGCGCAAUCUGCCUCCAAAAAUGCACAAGAGGCACGAGUGCAACCCCAACUGUCUCUUCAAGAUUGUGCACCGCCUAGAUAGCUACAGUCCUCUGGCAAAGCCGCUGCUCUCCGGCUGGGAGCGCCUAAUCAUUUUCAGGAAGACCAAGAAGCGCGUGGUCUACAAAGGACCCUGUGGCAAGACCUUGCGCAAUUUGGCCGAGGUGCACAUGUAUCUCCGUGCCACCGACAACGUGCUGAACGUAGACAACUUUGAUUUUACGCCCGAUCUGAAAAGUCUGGCUGAGUACUCCAUCGAUCCCUCGAUCGUCAAGGACUCGGACAUAUCCAAAGGUCAGGAAAAGAUGGCCAUUCCUCUGGUCAACUACUACGACAACACGUUGCCGCCCCCGUGCACCUACGCCAAACAGCGCAUUCCCACCGAGGGCGUCCAUCUGAACCUGGACGACGAGUUCCUUGUGUGCUGCGACUGCGAGGACGACUGCUCAGACAAGUCGAAAUGUGCCUGCUGGCAGCUUACCGUGGCGGGCGUACGGUACUGCAAUCCAAAGAAGCCUAUCGAGGAGAUCGGAUACCAGUACAAGCGGCUGCACGAGCACGUGCCCACCGGAAUCUACGAGUGCAACUCGCGCUGCAAGUGCAAGAAGAACUGCCUGAACCGGGUGGUGCAGUUUUCGUUGGAGAUGAAGCUGCAGGUGUUUAAGACCUCGAACCGGGGCUGGGGCCUGCGCUGCGUAAACGACAUCCCCAAAGGCGCCUUUAUUUGCAUCUACGCCGGCCACCUGCUCACCGAGACAAUGGCCAACGAAGGCGGUCAGGACGCAGGCGACGAGUACUUCGCCGAUCUGGACUACAUUGAAGUGGCGGAGCAACUUAAGGAGGGCUACGAGUCGGAGGUGGAGCACUCGGAGCCGGAACAAGAGGAGGACAACGGUGGACCCGACGCUGAAGACGACGACGACUUCCGGCCCAAUUACCACUACCAGCGCAAAAUCAAACGCACAUCUAGGAGCAACUCAACGCAAAGUAGCGAGUUGGAUUCGCAGGAGCGGGCGGUGAUUAACUUCAACCCGAACGCGGACCUGGACGAGACGGUGCGUGAGAACUCGGUGCGCAGGCUUUUUGGCAAGGAUGAGGCGCCCUACAUUAUGGACGCGAAGACCACUGGCAACUUGGGCCGCUACUUCAAUCACUCAUGCAACCCAAAUCUCUUCGUGCAGAACGUUUUUGUGGACACUCACGACCUGCGCUUCCCCUGGGUAGCCUUCUUCUCGGCCUCGCACAUCCGCUCCGGGACCGAACUGACAUGGAACUACAAUUACGAGGUGGGCGUGGUGCCUGGCAAGGUGCUUUACUGCCAGUGCGGAGCCCCUAACUGUCGAAUUCGAUUGCUUUAAACUCAAUUCUAAGCAUAAUGUAAAACUUCCCUAUUAAAAGUUGAUUUA